AAUCCGGUUUUCUUCUAAUUUCAACAAACCAGAUCAGGAGUUUUAUCGUGUUAAUUAUGUAGAUAUUCAUCAAGUGUUUGAGACAAAAAUUCAUGAAAGAGAAUAAGAGAGGCGACCUAGAUUUUGACAAAAUCAUCACUCUAGCUCAAAAGGAUAAGAUGGAAGCGGUAAUCGCUGAUAAACUUGGGGAUGAAUCAUGCAAGAUUUUCAGAUUUUUAUCAAAGGAACAAACAUUUCUUCAGAAUUAUGAGAUCAAGUCUGCAAUGGGGAUUAGAAAAGAUCUUCAAGAUGAUUUGAUGACAUUGUGGCGUGAAGGCUUUUUGACCAUCCAGAAAGAGAUGGUCACAGCUGUCGACUUCCCAGUUCUCUAUUGGAAUGUUGACUUUAGGAAGGUGAGAAGGAACGUCUAUUAUCUUGUGCAGGGUUUUACUAAAGAGAUUUGCUUGGAGAAAGAUGUAUGGCACGGUUGUGGAGAUGGCAGAGAGAUUUGCGUUUUACGGUCUUGCAAGCAACCUAAUAACGUUUCUAACAAACAAGCUUGGCCAGUCCACGUACGGCCACCGCAGCAAAACACAUCAACACAUGGAACGGUGUUUAGCUCUUGCAUGUUCCCCAUUCUCGGGGAGUUUCUAGCCGACUCGAUCCUAGGCCGCUUCAAAACCGUUCUCUUGACUUCUUUCAUCUAUCUCUUGGGAAAUGUCAUGUUGCCAUUGUCGGUGACGGUGGUGGCGCCGGGAAUGAGAGAAAAAGUGUUCUUUUUGGCGUUGUAUGUGACGGCGGUUGGAGAAGGAGGGCAUAAACUAUGCGUCAUGACCUUUGCAGCUGACCAGUUUGGAGAGGGCAAUCCGGAAGAGAAAGCAUCAAAGACAUCUUUCUUCAAUAUUUGGUAUAUCGCCAUCGUCCUUGCUUCUUCCAUAGCUGUUCUUGCCCUCAUCUUCAUUCAGGUCUUUUACUUUUCAAUUUUCUCUUAACGUUGACUCUAUUUUUGUUGGUGUAGGAGAAUUAGCUUUAGUAAGAUAUGUAUUCAUAUGCUGGUUUCAAUAAUUAAUCACGUUAGCGUUAAUGAAGCAAUGAGACAGAACUGAAACAAACUUUGAAACACUUUGUUGAUACCUACUGGUUCCUGUAAGCUUCGAAAUUGAACUCUAAAAAAUGUUGAUUUUGAGA